CCUCAAUUCACUUUCGUGUGAUACGUGCCACAAAUAUACAGUGCACAAAUAUACAUUUGAAUUUGAAGGAUUUUUUGACUGAAAAGCAGAAUUCCUCCGUUCGGCUACGUACGGAUUAUCCUCGUAUUUACGGGAUGCCGGUUGAUUGAAAAUGGCCUCGCCGACACUUUCGCUGGAAUCGCGCGCGAAUUCCAUCGGAUCCCUGGCCUCGCUGUCCCCACUUACAGUGAGCGGCAGUUCUCCGCCUGCGAGCGACUCGGCGAUUUGUGACGUCGACAGCUGCGACCUUUGCCUCGAUUCGCAAAAACCUGGAGAGGCACCCUGUCCGCGGUGCCGAUUAGGAGGCGCCGGUGGAGUUCGUUGUACCGGGUGCAAAUCCACUGAAUCCGACGCUGUAGCUCGUUGCUUCGACUGUGCGAAUUUCCUUUGUCCUAAUUGCGUGAUGGCGCAUCAGUUCAUGCACUGCUUCGAAGGCCAUCGUGUCCUCAACUUAGGCGAUUCGAAACUCGAGACGGUUACCACCAGCACCGCGAAUAACGAAAUCCCAAAAAACAAUUUGGUGAUCAACAGCGGUAGCAGCAACGGCGAGAAAGUACCUUAUUGUCCUCGGCAUAAACAGGAAUUGCUAAAAUAUUUUUGUCGCACUUGUACAGCGUUAGUUUGUAAAGAGUGCGCUAUUACCGAUCAUCCUGGCCCAUUACACGAUUGCGCGCACAUAUCUGAGGUAGGGACGCAACAACUCGAAGCAAUGGCAAGAGUAGUUCAAGAAUGUAGAGCAAAAGCCGCGGAUGUAAGAGCCGCUGUGAAAGCAGCCGAUCACGGAGCGGCACGGCUACAAGUGCAGUAUCACAAAGCUCAAAAUGAAAUCAACGACACUUUUCAAUUCUAUCGAUCGAUGCUCGAAGAACGUAAGCAAGAAUUGUUGAAAGAGCUCGAAUCGGUAUUUUCCACGAAACAAAUGUCUCUUGGUGUUCUAACGCAAAAGGCCAACGACAUGGCUGAUAAAAUGCUUCAAACUUGCGAAUUUGUCGAACGAUUAACUAAAUAUACUACUGUUACCGAGGUACUGAUGGUAAAAAAACUUCUCGACUCGAAACUUCAAUUAUUAUUGAAUUAUACGCCGGACAUUGCCAGUCAAACCGCCGAUCUCGAAUUUGUCAGUAAUUACCAGGCCAUUCAAGUAGGCGUACGAAACACAUUCGGUUACGUUCGAAGCAAUAAUGAGAGUAACGCCGGCCCGAUUGGGAAACAACCGCCUAUCGCUCGACCAACGGCACUCUCGAAUAAUAGUAACGGUGGAAGUAAUGCCAAUAAUGGACCCAGUAGCGCUGGAUCUUUGGGAGGUCUUCUAUUAGAUCGCCCUUACAGCAACGGUCUAAUAUCCUCUACUUCUACUUGCGCCUCGUCCACAUCGCCAUCAUCCUUCGAUACUAACAACACUGUCAUCACUAAGCGUUUCAGUUCGGCUAAUAGCCUAGGCCCAUUCUCAACCACGAUCAGCGAUCUUAAUUUAAACGGUAUAAACGCGAAUCCUUAUGAAAAAUGGAGUAACGGAGGUAGCGAUGUUUAUCCAGUUGUCACUACGAACGAUCAUUUUCCAAUGCCAACAUCCGUUGCCGUUGCGGCAAAUGCCGCGUCCAGUGACUCUGUUCUUGACCUUACUUCGAAACUGAUGUCCGCUACGGUGAUAUUUCCGCCAAAGUCACAGAUUAAACGACAGAAAAUGAUUUAUCACUGCAAAUUUGGCGAGUUCGGUGUUAUGGAAGGUCAGUUUACCGAACCUUCAGGGGUGGCAGUGAACGCGCAAAAUGACAUUAUCGUAGCCGACACGAACAAUCAUCGGAUUCAAAUAUUCGAUAAAGAAGGUAGAUUCAAAUUUCAAUUUGGGGAGUGUGGUAAACGAGACGGUCAAUUGCUUUAUCCGAAUCGGGUGGCAGUAGUGAAAACAUCGGGCGAUAUAAUCGUUACCGAACGUUCACCGACUCAUCAGAUACAAAUAUAUAACCAGUAUGGUCAAUUCGUGCGUAAAUUUGGGGCAAAUAUAUUGCAACAUCCGCGUGGUGUUACGGUCGAUUCAAAAGGGCGCAUAGUCGUCGUCGAAUGCAAAGUGAUGCGCGUGAUUAUUUUCGACCAGGCCGGCAUCGUUCUUCAGAAAUUUGGAUGCUCAAAACACUUAGAAUUUCCGAACGGAGUAGUCGUGAACGACAAACAAGAGAUCUUCAUUAGCGACAAUCGCGCCCAUUGUGUGAAAGUGUUCAAUUACGAGGGCGCCUAUCUUCGACAAAUCGGUGGAGAAGGGAUCACCAAUUACCCUAUCGGGGUAGGGAUCAACGCCGUAGGCGAAAUACUAAUAGCAGACAAUCAUAAUAAUUUCAAUCUGACGAUCUUCACGCAAGAUGGUCAACUGGUUUCAGCCCUCGAAAGCAAGGUCAAGCAUGCCCAAUGUUUCGAUGUCGCAUUAAUGGACGAUGGAUCGGUCGUACUGGCCAGCAAGGAUUAUCGACUCUACAUAUAUCGUUAUGUACAAGUACCGCCAAUCGGCAUGUAGAGCAUCGAAAAAUCACGACGCCAACAACGAUCUAACGUU